GAAAGCCGCAGAUCCAAAAUGGAUCAUCAAGUGCGCCGUUUUAACAGCCUACACCACGUCUCAGGAAUCUCAGCAGGUGCACAUACACGGCUUGGCGAUCAAUCGAGCCUUUGGACGAAGUUCUGUAGAGCUGAAACAUGAGGCGUUCACGCGUAUGUACAUAUAUGUAUCCAUGGCAAAAAGAGCGCUUCACUUCCAACCAGUGUUCGCGCAGUGUUCAAGUACAAAUGUCGCCCUCACAGCGACAUCUCGCUGCAUAUGUCACCUUUUCCACUGCACCUUUCGUGGCGUGGUACUCUGUUCCAUCAGUUGAGAGGUUUGGCGCACCUUAUCAAUUAUCAAGCAGCACGGCAGCUUCUCCGCCGCUUGUUUCAGCCUUGCAGCUUCCUUGCGCCUGCCCUGUGCCUUCUCCUCAAGCUCUCUCUUCUCGCGCUCGAAUAUCUCUGCUUGCUGUUUCUGCCCAGCCGCUUCUCGCUCACAUUUCUUUUGCUCCUCCUCUUCUUUGCCGCUUCGCUCUUGCGCCCAUUUCUGCUCUUUCUCUUCGCGGUUCCUUCGCACGUCCUCUUCCUGGCGCUUGCGCUCUUUGCCUUAUUAGGUGCAUCCUCUGCAUCUUGGUUCUUUCUAUCUUCCUCUUUCCUUUGUGCCUCAGCCGUCUCUUGCCCGUCCCCAGACUCGCCGAGCAUGUCACCAAGAUCUGAUAUGCCAAAGCCAUCUAAAGGCUGUGCGGCCUGCGGAGACUGCGCUUUGGAAGCGAAAGGCCCGCCAAAACUGAAGUGUGAUGAGGUCGGCACGUCCGCCCCGAAGACCGGAAUUGCUGUGCUUUGAUUGGAUCGCGCCGCCACUGCCGAAGUUAAGUUCUCCAGCCGGUGCAUCCCCUUUGGCUAGG